UUAGCGGCGGAUGAAUCCACGUUUGGUGCUUCAGUGAGUGUUUGCAGCAGCAGGACGCUGUCUGUGACACACACACACACACACACACACACACUCUAUUAAGGACAGCUUAAGAUCAAAGGAACCCUAAAAGGAUGAACUAAAUACAUCAUCGAGGUCCCUCUGAGUCAGAAGAUGCUUCCAGAAGGAAGGAUUCCCAAAGUGUUUGUUCCCGGCUCAGCUGCUGCCAUCGACCCUUCGGCCCGGAGUUCAACCGACAACUGCUGCUGGUCCCCCUCACACACACACACACACACACACACACACACACACAUAUAAGAGCGCUGUGGUAUUUCCAUUCUUCUCUCAGGAGUCAGGAUGGCGGAGAAAAAGAUGUCGUCGGGCCGGAGGAGUCAGCUCAAGACCUUGCUGCUGCAGAUCGGUGUGUCAAUGCUGGAGGAGGAGGCGCAGGAGGCGCAGCAGCAGAAGGAGAAGCACAUGGAGGAGAACUGCCCCAGCUUCUUCCUCCCAGGAUGCAUGCACGAGCUCCAGGAUUUGUGCCGUAAGCUUCACAAGCAGAUCGACCUGGUGGACGAGGAGCGAUACGACAUGGAGGCCAAGGUGAACAAGAGCAACAAGGAGAUCGAGGACCUGAAGAUGAAGGUGCAGGACCUGAAGGGGAAGUUUAAGAAGCCGGUCCUGAAGCGGGUUCGGAUGUCGGCGGACGCCAUGCUGGCCGCCCUGCUGGGCUCCAAACACAAAGUGUCCAUGGACCUGAGGGCCAACCUGAAGCAGGUCAAGAAGGAGGUGAAAGAGGAGGAGAAGCCAGCCGGCGACUGGAGGAAGAGCAUCGAAGACAAGGCCGGGAUGGGGGGCAGGAAGAAGAUGUUUGAGACCGAGGCAUAAACAGCAGCGUCAUCUUCUGUUAAACACUUUCAUCCACUUCUGUGUGUGUGUGUGUGUGUGUGUGUGUGUGUGAGAGUCUGUGCUGCUGGCAAUGCGUUGAGUUGAUUAAAUGAAUAAAUCUUGU